CGUGUCUUCGACCGUCUAACCUCUUGUGGCGUCUCCUAAUCCUCUCUCCUGUCCUGCUUCCUUCCUCCUGGGUGAAGAUGUUCGUUCCCUGCGGCACGUCAGAUCCUGACUUUACUGGCUUCACCCUGCUGAUGCCAGCAGUAUCAGUAGGGAAUGUUGGCCAGCUUGCAAUAGAUCUGAUUAUUUCUACACUGAAUAUGUGUAAGGUUGGUUACUUUUACACCGAUUGCCUUGUUCCAAUGGUUGGAAACAAUCCUUAUGCAACUGCAGAAGAAAACUCAACAGAACUCAGUACAAAUGCUGAAGUAUAUUCAUUGCCUUCAAUGAAUCUGAUGGCUCUCCAACUAAGAUCAAUUUUUAUUAAGUACAAAUCAAAGCCAUUUUGUGAAAAACUCAUUUCCUGGGUGAAAAGCAGUAAAUGUGCCAGAGUUAUUGUUCUUUCAAGCAGUCAUUCUUAUCAUUGUGAUGACCAGCAGCUUCGCAGCAUUCCAUUCCGAUAUUUAAUUACACCUGAAAUGGAAAAAAGUGUCGGUGAAACAUUACAGGACCUCCACUGGAAGGAAAUGGAAAAAAGCAAACUGUUUCCUGAAAUAAGUGAUUCUGGGUUGUGUGUCCGUAUCCCUGGAGGUGGUAUUACAAAAACCUUAUACACUGAGAGUUGUUCCAAAGGGAUACAAAUGGCGGUUGUCCUGAAAUUUGUUUCAGAAGGAGAUAAUAUCCCAGAUGCCUUUGACCUUGUUAGAUAUCUUAAUGAUUGGCUUCAGAUAAUUAAACCUCAAGUAAGUGACUGCAAUGACCCAUCAACAUCUGUUUCCCAGUGGAAAAUGCCAAGUUCUUGGAGAUUGCUCUUUGGCAGCGGCCUCCCUCCUGCACUUUUUUAAGUACUUGUCACUGCUCAUAGCGACUCAUACAAUCUGACAGUACUGUUAUGUGUGUCCUCAAGUUUUGGGGGCCAUCCCUAUGAUUUAAUCCCUCUCUCUUGGUGGGAAGCUUCCUCAGUUUGUGCAGAUUGGCAACUUCUCUGGGACUUGUAGUCUUAGAAAGUUGCAUGCAGCACCAAGAGAUCAAGUUACUUCUUCAGCCAGUAAAAUGGAAACAUUGAACUAGGUCUUCUUGACCUCCAAGCCAGCCCUUUGUCUAAGAUACCCUCUUGUGUCCUGAAAUACUAAUUACCAAAUACAACCAUCUAACAACUUUUAAAACAAGUAAACUUGUAUUAUGUCAGUAUCUUUGUCAGUUUGACAGAAAAUCUCAAAGAAAUAGAAUAAUAAUC